AUGGCCAUGGCCCAGGCCGGCGCGGUCGCGGCGGCCGCCGCGGGCCUCCUCGUCGUCUUCCUCUACGCCGCCAUCCACAAGGUCGAGGAGGGCCACCUGGCCGUCUAUUACAGGGGCGGUGCGCUUUUAACCAGCCCGAGUGGACCCGGCUACCACAUCAUGCUGCCCUUCAUUACCACCUUCAAGUCUGUGCAGACCACGUUGCAGACCGAUGAAGUUAAAAAUGUGCCUUGCGGGACAAGUGGUGGYGUUAUGAUCUACAUUGACCGAAUAGAAGUGGUGAAUAAACUGGCGCCGUACGCAGUGUACGAUAUAGUGAGGAACUACACUGCAGACUACGAUAAGACCUUGAUCUUCAAUAAAAUUCAUCACGAGCUGAAUCAGUUCUGCAGUGCCCAUACUCUUCAGGAAGUAUACAUCGAACUAUUUGAUCAGAUAGAUGAGAACCUGAAGCUGGCCCUGCAGAAGGAUCUCAAUGUCAUGGCACCAGGUCUCACUAUACAGGCUGUGCGUGUUACAAAACCCAAAAUUCCAGAAGCCAUCCGAAGAAAUUUUGAGCUCAUGGAGGCUGAGAAAACCAAGCUACUUAUAGCAGCCCAGAAGCAGAAAGUUGUAGAGAAGGAGGCAGAGACAGACCGGAAGAAGGCGCUCAUAGAGGCAGAGAAAGCUGCUCAGGUGGCCAAGAUUCACUAUCAGCAGAAAAUUAUGGAGAAGGAAACGGAGAAGAGAAUUUCGGAGAUUGAAGAUGCUGCGUUCCUAGCAAGAGAGAAAGCAAAAGCUGACGCCGAAUACUACACCGCUCAGAAGCUGGCUGAUUCCAACAAGCUGAAACUCACCCCGGAAUAUCUGGAGCUAAUGAAAUACCAGGCGAUAGCUGCAAACAGCAAGCUGUAUUUUGGCGACAGCAUCCCAAGCGUCUUUUUGGAUUCCUGUGCCUUCCAGCAAGCUGGUGUGAGGACUGCCCGUGAAACCAGCCUGUCCUCGCAGGAGACCCCAGAGACCUCUGGAAAAAGCCACCACAAAGCAAAGGAAAGCACUGGCUGACAGAGGCAGCGCGAUCCCUGGAAGAGCUCCGCAGCUAGCCCAGCUGUGAAUGGGGAUUGCCCUGUGCUGGUGGGGCGGAUGCAGCACCCGUGUGGACGUCUUGCACAUCGGUGGCAGUUGGGUUGAUUUUUCUUCUAGCAACAUGUUGCAAGUGCUCUGCCCCUUCCAUUUCUUCCCCUAUUAAAUUGGUGCUUCCAAAUGAGGGAUAAUCCUGUACUAACAUACCUAUACUGGAAUAUUAAAAAGACAGAAACCAGGAAAGCCUUGCGCAGUAGGUGCGAUUCUUUAGCAAGCAUUACCUUUGGGGCCAGAGACRUGGCUUGGAGUGCUGCACACCUCGUCGUUCCCUAGCCCUCGACACUGAGGCCAAGCAAAGAUGUUUCCUUCCUCCUGCCAAUGAAGCUUCGCACCGUGGACCCUGAGGCAGGUUCUGUUGACACUAACCCCUCAAGGACUCGAGGAGGCUGCGCUCUGGCUUGGGGAGAAGCCCAGAAAGGAGUGAUUUGCUUUGGAGUGGAUUCUUCAAAUAGGAUCUGCAUAGCCAUAACUUUUUUUUUUCCCUUCCCUGUAGGCAGUGGAACUAGAUAGCGCGGACUCAACAUGAGCAAUCUGUAACAGGCUUUAGUAAGUUCCUUCCUCCAAACGAGAGCCUUAUGCUGGCUGGUCGCGGGUGGUUGGAGGAUGCUUCAGAUGGGCAACGAGUCUCACCCUGCACCCUCAAACAGGAUUCGGAAUGCGUGCGGCGCCUGGGAGCACCUGACUGGCAGCAAAGGGUCCCCACUUUCAAAAUCUCAGACCUCAGCCCCCCCUUCAGGUCUUCUCACCAUGGAAAGGCUGCUGAAUUKUCACCACUCUGUCUUGCAGGCAAAGGGAAGAGAGAAGAGCGAGGAGAGAGAUGCAAGAUAAUCCCUGGGACAGAGAGAAGGAGUCUCAGUAUUAUCCUACUUACGCCAGUGGCGUCCUUCCAUUAUUGACCCCCGCCAGGCAGAGAAUGGGAUCCCAGAAGAAGGGGAACUUGCCCGGUGAAUCCUCAAGCAGUUGCAAUGGAGAGUCCCUCACCAGCCCUACAGCUGCUGGCCGGGCUUUGCUGUGCCGUGGGGCUUUUGCUCACAAACUGUGCUCGCAGGUUGACCCUUAUUCCUGGCCCGCAACCUCUCAUGGCUCUUCCCUGCUCCCCAUGUGCUGCUGCRGGGCGAGAGGAGAAAAUAAGAUGAAUUCCUCGGAGGGGAAAAUGCAAGUGGGUGCAAUAUGUCAGYGAUCUGCUUUCUUUCCCUCUUCUCCGCUUCCCUGCGCCUGCUUGCUUCUCGGACCUGUGUCUCUUUGCGUUUGGUGACAAUCCCAGAAGAUGAUGACCAAAGGAGCAUGYGGCAGGGGCCUGAUCCGGAAAGCUCUGCCCCCAACGAGGAGCACUGGAGCCCCGCUUGCCCCUCCAAACCAGUGCAUGUUCAGAGACCGCCUCUYCUCCUUGAGCUCGCAUGUCUCUCCGUUCCUCCUGGUUUUCUGUCCCCUCUCGUGCGGCCAGAUGAAGUGUUCAGCAGAUCCCCGAGAAUGCCAGCUGGUGGUGACUCGCCCAACAACCAGGAUCGAGCCCCAAGCGAAUACUUUGACCUUCACGUUUAUCAAUAAUUUGUGCACUUUGGGCCUUUCGGUGCUAGCAUGGUACCCCGUGUGGCUUGUUUGACUUACAGGACGAUGAUGUUUCUCCUAAAGGAAAAGUUCAGUAACAGUCCAAAAGUGCUGUGCUCUGUCUCAGCUCCUGCCAGUGCUGUCUCUUCUCCAUCUCGGGGGCAGAGUGGGGCUGUUUUGCCCCUUCCUUUCCCACUUUGCUGCCAGCCAGCUCACGCAGCAGUGCCCAAGGGACUUGCGGAGCGCUUGGAGUGGAAGACUGAGGAAAGAUUUCUCCAGUGUGUGGUGCGCACGUCUAGCAGGCAGAGGGAUCGUGGAGCAAUCCUGCAGAUCCAAGCCAAGGUGGGUGCAGAGCCCCGCAGCGGGGCCUUUGUGGGAGCAGCUCUCAGUUCUCCUUGCCAAAAGGGUGACCUCCUGGGCUCGAGUGGUAGYGGAAGGAUGUUAACCCCCGCCCGCAGUGCCAUUUUCAGCGAAGGGACAAGGCGAGGCAGCAUGUUUUGUAGCUGGGGUACUCAAGGGGUCUCCUGGAAGCGUUAUUUGAUGAGCAAGAUUCCGUCUCCUCCGCGGGGAGGGCUGUCGGGAGCUGGCGCAGUUGCAUGUCUUUGAUACUCCAGCCACUUGGGUUGAAUUUGGAGUUCAAUCACAGGCUUUUUGGGAACAAAAACAUAAUUUGGAGAGUGGAUAGACCUAUUCCCAGGUGAUCCCUGCUGGCUUGUGAUCUGGGAGCCUGGCGAGCAGCCCUGGUUCUCAUCUCAAGGUGAGAGGUGUCUUGCGAGGGCUGGUGGAGGCAGCGCUUGCGUGGCAGAGCCGUUGUGCAAGGGCAGCCUCCGUCUUGGAAAGAGGGACCUGGGCCGGGUGCUAGCGAUCGCCAGCAUCAGUGCAUGGGGAUUAAACUGCGCCUAGGGGACAGGGGAGCUGAUGCAAGCCUCGAGGUGCCGGGAAACCAGGGUUCAAUCUAUACCUUCCACCUCCUGCCCGAGUGGUUUUGGGGCCGUCUCUGACCCGCUCCUGUGGCUUGCAGUCCUGCAGCAAGGUUUGCAGGUUGCCCAGUGCCUUGUGCAGAAAGCUCCUCUGGGCUCCUUGGACCCUGCAGCCACUGCCCUGGGGACAGCGCUGCGGAUGUGCCCACGUCUGUGUGAAAUACCCACGCAGCCACRUGACCGUGCGUUUCUUCGCACCUUUAGCUGGGCGUUGCUUCUCUCCAAGCUUGGAGAAGG